AUGUCCUUCACGGCCCGAUCAUUACGGCAGGUGCUUACAUCUACUUCACGUAAUUUCCAUUGUUCACGGACCAUGGCGGCAUCCGACUGGAGUGCCAGACAAUACCUUAAGUUUGAGGCUGAACGCACACGACCUGCUCGUGAUCUGCUCGCCCAGGUUCCACUCGAUUCACCACAUCGCGUCGUGGAUCUAGGCUGCGGACCUGGCAACUCAACAGCCGUCCUUGUAUCCCGGUAUCCAGAUGCCCGAGUGACAGGAAUGGACUCGUCUCCAGAUAUGAUUGGAAAGGCUCGCGAAACCCUCCCGGGAAUCGAGUUUACAGUCGAUGGCCUCAGUACGUAUACACCUAGAGAACCGGUAGACCUAUUCUUCUCCAACGCCGUCUUCCAGUGGCUACCGCGGGACCAACGUCUGGAAAUCAUCAAACGCCUUAUUCAGUCGCAGCCUUCAGGCGGCGUCUUUGCCUUCCAGGUGCCGGAUAAUUUGGCUGAGCCAUCGCACGUCACAAUGCGUGAAAUUGCCGCCAAUGGUCCGUGGUCGAGCACGCUACAAUCCGUUGCUCGCGAAAGCUUUCAAUCGCCACAUGAACUGUACGAUGAACUGAAGCCGCUCUGUGCUGAGGUGAAUAUCUGGCAUACCUACUAUAACCAUUCGCUGGAGAACCAUAAGGCUGUCGUAGAAUGGGUCAAGGGGACGGGCCUGCGGCCGUUCAUUGACCCUUUGUCGCAGCCGGAUCGGGAGUCUUUCUUGAAGGCUUACUUGGGUCGUCUGGAGCAAUUAUAUCCAAACAGCCGCUUGCAGCCGUUCGGCAGCUGGCAGGAACAGCUUUGUCACACGGCAUCACCAGCGCACUACCCACCACCUGCAUUAGUUCUGGUUGCAGUCCUACAUAUUGUGCAUAUUGCAGAAAUACCGACAUUGUUCAACGUCUCCAUACUAGCACUUCCCCUGCGCCGACCCUGGUUCGAGAUAAGCUUACCGCUGCAGCAAAGCUUAUCGUAG